UUCUCCCUCCCUCUCCUACCCUACCCUACCCCGGCCGUACCUCACGAAAGCUGCCCCUGCAACCAUAAACGCCACACCCAGAGAGAAGAUGUGAGCGCGUUAAUGCCUAGGCUCGUACGCUACGACUACGAGCAUCUCCAUAUCCACUGGUAGAUAUAAAGCACACCGCGGAGGCCGACCGUCUCACUUCAUCCCACUCCCUCCCAUCCACCUGCAGCUAGCUAAGCUAGCACCGGCCGCGCGCGCUGCGGAUCAUAAUAAGCUUCCAUGGAGCCGCCACCUUCUCCGCUGGGCGCCGGCGCCGUCUGCUGCAUGUGCGGCGACCGCGGCCUGCCGCACGAGCUGCUCCGCUGCAAGCUCUGCCGCGUCCGCCUGCAGCACAGAUACUGCAGCGAGCUGUACCCGAGGGCCACGGCGUACAGGAGGUGCAACUGGUGCCUGAGGGAGCCCGCAGAAGCCCACGCCCAACCCCACGCUCAACCGGUGGCUAGCAAGAAGGCGGAGAAGCGGAGGAUGGUGGCGUCGACGGAGACGUCGACCUCCGACGAGGAGGAGCGGCGGCACCACAACGAGGCCGGAUGCGCCACUGCAACGAGGUCGAGGAGAUCGCCCGCGGAGGUCGGUAAGCCGGUCAAGAAGCCCAAGGUCGACGAGAGGCCGCCGCUGCCGCCGUCGCCAGGCGCGGGAGCGAAGGGGAACAGCGGCGACAAGAAGCCGAUGCAGGCCGGGAAGCUGGCGCGGCCGGGUAGGGUCAAGGUGAGGAGGUACAAGCUCCUGGCAGAGGUGAUUAGCUGCUAGCCAGGAUCAUAGAAUCAAAAGGGGAAGUAGCCAAAUAACUAGCUAGGCACCGUCGACAUUGGUGUCGAUCUAGCAUGUAAAUAUCGUUUGCCCGUCUUGUACGGGGUUUUCCUCUCUUUUUGGGGAGAGAGUCUACUACCGUGCUAGUGCUGUACAAAUCUUAAGCCUUGUCGGUUUUAAUUAUAUAUCAAGUUGACGUGCAUAUAUAGAAGGGACGGUUUGACUUUA